AUGCCCAUACACUACGUUGCCCCGGCGGUAGCUUUGCUCUCCUCGCCGUCCACCGUCGCAUGCGCCAUCGUCCUGGCCACAAGCACCCUCGCUUUCCGGCGGCUCAGAUCCCCAUUUCCAGGGCCUCACCUCCUCAAGCUCACCAGCAUCCCGCUCCAAUACCAUGAAUUGACCGGUUCUCGUGAAGCCUUCGUCGAGGCCCUUCACCAAAAAUUCGGACCUCUGGUCCAAGUCGCCCCGCGUCACGUCUCGGUCAACGACCUGAGCGGACUGAGAGAUAUCUCCGUCGUCUCCCAGCGUCUGGACCGACCUGAUCCCUUACCUGCGUUCCACAACUACGGAGAGGAGAACCUUGUGUCUACUGUGCGCGGAGAUGUGCACCACGAACGAAGGAAGCCACUCAGGAGCAUGUACUCGGCCAAGACGGCAGAGUCCAAGGAGGUCACUGACGUAACCUUGCGCGCUGCACAAGACAUGCUGCGAUUAGCUUCACGAAUAGGGAAGAAGAGCCCUAGUGGCGGUGCGGUGGUGGAGAUUCGUGAGCUGCUGCGGCCUGCGCUUUACGAUGUCAUGAGCUUCAUUGUGUAUGGCCCCGACAGCCAGUUGAAUUUGGUGAACGACCAGGCGCAAAGAAUAGCGAUGGAGGUGGACACCGAGUUUCAGGAGGCGCGAAUUACCAGUGCGGCUGGGGCCAUGAUGUUCUUGCUACCAAGAAUUACGCUCUGGCUUCGUCGAUGUGGCCUUGCGCCGGGAGCCAUGGAUGGAACAACACCUUCCAGGUUGUUCUCGGACCAAAUAGGAAAGGGAACAUUAGAAGCAUUGAAACGUACAGAUGAAAAUGGCGGAGGGGAGGAUGAAUACCAAUCACUCAUGGGCCGUCUCCAUGCCCAUUUCCGGGCAAAUGGUCCCACGGCGGCUGUACCAUCGGAGGCGUAUAUCCUAAGCGACUCUCUGGACCAAUUUUGGGCUGGGGUGAGCACAACAGCUGAUGGUUUAGCACCUUUGUUCCGUCGUCUCUCCCUGCCAGAGAACAGGACUCUUCAACAGCGGCUAAGGAGUGAAAUUAGAGCUGCCAUGGCUGAGUCUGGAGUUUCCUUGGCGGCAAGUUUGACGGCAGAAAGGCUAAAGCGACUGCCAUUGUUGAACGCAGUCAUCCGCGAGACACUGAGGAUCCACCCGCCAAUCCCUUUCAGCAUUGAAAGGAAGAUCGUGGAUGAACAAGGCCUCAUUGUUCAUGGUCAGCUUAUCCCAGGUGGAUGGCAGGUCAGCGCUGAGGUGAUGGGAAUGCAAAGGAAAGAAAGCGUGUUUGAUGACGCACGAAGAUGGGCCCCCGAUCGUUGGCUAACCACAGAAGAUCAUGAAAGUCCUACAGGAGGCUCAAAGGGUGUUGUUAAGGAUAUGAAGGGCCAUUUUCUCGCCUUUGGGAGCGGGUCUAGGAUGUGCCUUGGGAUGAAUGUGGCAUGGGGCGUUAUGAGGGCAUUUCUGGUUGUCGUGUACGGAGAAAUGCAGACUUCUAUUGCCCAUGAUCAUAUGGAGGGAGUAGAUGGUCAUCAGAGCGGGGAGAAGGAUCCCGAAACUUCUGCUGACGGUGUGGCAGGCUGGCUGGAGGAGAGACAGAAGACGAUCUGGAUUCAUCUUCAAGAAGCAGCGGGCGAGUAG